UUUCGAAAAACAGUAUCAUGGCUUAUGUCGCUUGGUCCGGUCCAAUAAUGAGAGACCAAGUCCAUGAAAACCGCCAGGAAAGAAUGGGGCCAACCUGCCACAUCAUCAUCCAACACUCAGCUGCGCAAGAAUGUAAGAAUUCUUGAAUACCUGAUGCAUCGUUUUACCUUUCCCUGACUUCGGUUUACACGAGAAUCUCUGCUCCUCAGGGCUGUGUUUGAAGAUACAUAGGAAAAGCCAAGACUCGAACUAGAAUUUGGAAGAAAAUGAAAAGAAGUCGAGUUUCGAAUGUCCGUAUGAAAAAUUUGGUUUGUCAGCAUGUACAUGAUAUCGUGAUACAGGAAUUGUUCAAUGGGCGCGUUCAGUAAAAUUGUUUCGGUCGAAUUAGUGAUAAAAAAAAGAACUAGAUUGUGUAUAAUAGGAGAGUAAUAAAGAAAGAAAUGUGUUAUAACAGGUUGUUGGUAUUUCUAACCGCGGAAUAAAAGUUGCAAUCAGUCGCGAAGCGAAAGUACGGAACUGGUAUAGAUGAAAGUAUGAAAACAGGGAGGGUGAAUAAUUCAAGGAAUACGGCAAUGGUUGACGAAUAGCGACGAAAACCGACGAAGACGACCGAUCUCGUGUACGCGGGAUUGUGCCCGCACCGAGGCAGAGCAAAACGGUUUAAAAAUUCACCGAGUAUGCAUGAUUUGUCACUCGAUCGGCGAAUCAGUUCAAUAGAUACGGUGUUGCUCGGAAGAGUACGCGACCAGCUAAUACUUAUACUCGUGAUAUAUUUGUCAUCGCGUUUGUAGAUCUUUCGACAAGUACAGUGUCGAUAAACACACUUGUAAAAGAUAUAUGUAACCGUGGCCUUGUUAACGUCAAGUUUAUGUUGUGUUGAGUGUUGUACGAAUUUUGUGAUUAUUAAACGAUACGGGAAGAGAAUCGAAGUGCAACAAUGGCAUGGAAUGUCAGAGAAUUCGGAGUGAAAUACUUAAAAUGUGUUGAAAAGCGAAUGAAAUACAGAUAUUGGUAAAAGAAAAAGGAAAAGAACAUAAAAAUAUUUUGAUUAUCGUGAUUGCGUUAAUCUUUCGUUUGGUAAACCAUGAUAUUUGAUAUAAUGCGAGAAGAACGAGUACCGGAAAGUCAUUGCGAAAACGGAACUGUGUGAUACGUCUUUAGGAAUAUUGCGCGAAGCAACGGCGGACAAGCUUAAUUAUCAUUAAUUCCGUUUGUUAUUAAUUCGAUCAUUAUUAAAUCGCGGUAACGAUAGGCUUAUAACACGUUUUAAGAAUAUCGACGUGAUUCGUUAGCUUUCGUUGUAAUAAAUUGUAUCGCGUUGAAAGUUUCUGCUGACAGGAAAGAAAAAACUGUUCGCAUCGAGUAUGCACGCGCAUAUUAGCGGUAUUUGAUAACGGAUCGCGUUUCUCUCGUUAUCGUUAGAUCAACGAAAUAGCGUCUUUGUAGGUAUUCUUAAUUAUGUGUAAAUUUUUUGCGUGAUCACUUACGGUAUAAUGUCAGGAGCAGAAAGAAAGCAGUGAAUGUAUACCGAUUCGCGUAAUUUGUAAUGGUCGCAUUUAAAUAACUAUUCUCUUUGAUGAUCCAGUGAAUAUUAACGUAUGAUAUACGACAUCGUGUGGUUGAAAUAAAUAAGAGAAUGAGUAUCGUGCCCAUAGCUAAUAGAAGUUUCCUCCACGGAGACCGAAAAUCAUCUCCGACUUCGGAAAAAAUUAUCUACGCGACUCUCGACAGUCUGGCUUUAAAGAGAGCGACAUUACCUCUGCAAUUGUUGCCCGUCGACGAUAACAACGAUACAACCGAAAAAGCGACUGAGCCAAAGAAGAAAGGAAAAAUCUGUACCGAAGCAACUGCCAAGAGAUCCAGCUUCAAGGUCGACGCCACAUGUCUCUCGUCGAAGCAGCACGCGAAAUACCUACUGGUCGUAUCAUCGUCGACGUCAGCGCCACAAAAGAGGGCGCAGUUGGACACCACCAUUGCAGAUUUCGAUUCCGUUAUCGAGCAAUGCAACGAAAAAAAAAACGGAAGAGAAAAUAGCGACUGUUUGCAGCGCGACAGUAUUGAUAACCACGAUAUCGAUGCUACCUUGAUAAGAGUUGCAGGAGAAAUCGAUGCAGAGUGCGAGAACGAUGACUACGGAGAAACUUAUUCGCGAGAAAGCAAGCAUAAUCUCGACCAUCGUUACCCUUGGAACGACGAAAACGCUACUUCCUUAUGUUGUAAGAAGGACGGAAACGAUUACGAGAAAAUAGAAUCGACGUUUACUACGGACACCUGUUGGUAUGUCCGAGAAGAUGCGAACGAAGAUGACGAAAAUCUGGAGAACGAGGAAGAUACUUUGUGCACGAAAAAUGUGUUCGUAAAGUCCAAGUCUACCAAUGAUCUGGCGAGCAAGGGUUCUUCGAACGUGAAACUGUUCGAUGGAAAGUCUUUAGUGGAAACAUUUUCGGAUGGCAAAUUAGCGGAAAGGUUGAUAUUCAGUACGGACUUUGAAUUCGCAAAUUGCGAAAAAAAGAAGAAACAUUUUGGUAAAAAUAUAUUGCAUUUUGUACCGGAAUAUUUCGUAAAGGGACCGAAAAGAAAGCAGAAGGAAAAGUGCAAUUCGAGAGGGUCGUUGAACUCGUUGAAAACGUUAUCAGUAGACUCGAAACUAGGGAUAAAUUCUAACACUAGGUACCGAUCGAGAAGUCUUUCUCGGGAGGAACUGAAAUAUCUAAAAAUCUCUUCGCCAACGAAUUUCGUUCAUGUCGCGUCUGCCACGAAUCCGAAUUUGGUUUCAAACGAAAAGACGAUCAGGUUUAGCUUAGAGCAAGUCAUAAUUACACACGAACAAAAGUGUGCCACUUUACCACUUCUGGUUGCAACGAGCGACGAAGAUUCAAUGGCUGAAAAUCGAACCGGGCAAUCGUCGAUCGCUAAAAUCGCCGGAUCGGUUCCUUUCGACACGGUUGUUGGUGGUAGAUCAAAGGAAGAAACUACACAAAAAACCGACGUUUUUGAUAUUGCAAACUUGAAACGCGAAUUGUUAUCCGAGUUGCAAGCACACUCGGCAAAAGCAUUGGAGUCAAGCCAGCAGGUGAAAACGUGCGAAUAUCGGCCAAAUGAACGCGAGGAGAAAACGUACGAAGCAACGUGUGAGUCGUCUACCGAGCUACCUGCUAAUUCCAGUUUUCUGUGGAGCAAUCGGACUAAGAACUUCCUUUUGGAGAACACGCGAUCAAUUACGAAUGAAAAUAUCGAAUGCAUCGAAGAUAUUAGUGGCGAAGUAUACGACGACGUAGGCCCGUUGAAUCUUAUCGACCAGGAGGACGAUUACGACGACGUGGGCACACCUGUAUUACGAAUCAAUGGAAAUCAUCGUAUCGACGAAUCUUCGAUUGCUUUUCAAGAUUUCGAUGAUAUUUAUGACGACGUUGUGGGUCCUGGCUACGCGGCAAAUGUUUUACCGAAUAACGAGACGGAAAUUCGCGAUAACGAGACGAAGGAAGCAGACAAAUUGUUCGUUACCAACGAAUACUCUAGUGUAGACGAAGAUACCGAUGUAAUGAUAGACAACGAUCGAGACCUGUACGAUGACGUUGGUUUACCAAGCGAGGAACGAGUCAAUAGCCUUUACACUGGUUCUACGAUGGGUUCGAUCUUAGGAUCGACUUGGGCAUACGGCAAAGAAUCCGAGUGGGAGGAUUUGGACGAUUCAACUACGACCGGUUCAGCUCAAUUCCCGAAUAAAUACUCUUCAUCUACAGAGACACAAGUCGUUUCGAGUAGAAAAAGAUCGGGUCAAAAAUGGUCCCGGAAGACAAGAAGACCACGAUCCUGGGUAUCAAGGAAAAACUUCAAAUCAUCGUCAAAGUCAGUUUCAUGCGAGUCUACGUACAAUGGCGAUGCAUCCGACGAUAGCACGUACGAGAGUCUUCAUUCCUUCCAGCCGGAGGAUGAUUUCAGCUCAAAUUCGGAAACGGAAACGGAAACGGAAACAUUCGACGAGAUGAAAGAACAAAAGGACAAAGAUAUUGAAACGGAGCAAAAGAUUCCGAAUCGAUUGGUAAUCGCGUAUAUGGAAGCGCCAACGAAACCGAAUCCUCCUCCACCGCGUGAAGUAAGUCUGACUCGAACUCUUGGUAGAAGAAUAAAAAUGCUUCGAAGAACGUGGAGCAUUACCAAAGGAAGUCUAGGUCGGAUGCGGAGGAGGACCUCGGUUGACGAUGAUCAUUCCUGCGAGGAAAACAAAGAAUCCUCCAACGAUCAUUCGAAUUUAGACAGUGGAAGAUAUUUUAGUUUUGCGAGGCAUUUUAAGAAAAACGUUACCGGACCUUUUUCAACUUUUUACUUGAAUGGUUACACUACGAACGACGACAACGAAUCCACAGCAACGACCAGGGGUUCGAACAAGGAACCAAUGUACAGCAAUACCAACAACGAAGUAGAUCACUACAGCGUAUUUACCGAUCAGGAACCUCUAUAUCAAUUUUACGCAGCAGCCACUGCUAGAAUAGCAUUUGAAUGCAACUCAGACGGUUACGAAGAGGUCGAGGAUAUGAUCCCAUCGCAAUCUACAACGGAUCUAGCAAAACCAGGAUAUAGAAUAUUAUGGUGCCAAACAUCGCAAGUUAUAAAUAAUGGUCUUUUACAACGACUAAGUACGGAAGAGAAGAAGAUCCAGGAAGCGAAAUUCGAGAUUCUCACUUCGGAAGCGUCCUAUUUGAAUUCUCUUCGCGUCCUGAAGAACGAAUUCCUCAACGACUGUUUGUUCGAUGAAAUUUUGACGCCGAUCGAAAAGGAUAAACUGUUUGGCGGUAUACCGAGCGUAUUGCAAGCAUCGCAACAGUUUUUAGCCGAAUUGGAAACCGUAUGGAGACACGAUCCAAUGUUGCACGGUUUAUCAAACGUAUUGCUUAAAUAUGCCGACAAAUGUUUAGAUAUUUACGUUGCAUAUUGUUGUAAGCAAGUUAGCAUAGACACGACACUCAGAGAUUUAAGAAUGCGGAAGGGUUUAAAAUUUGUAGAAACGGUCUCGCAAAUAGAAGCUCGUUCAACUUGUCAAAGUUUAUCUUUGCACUCUUUUUUAAUGUUACCCAUGCAACGAAUAACGAGGCUUCCUUUAUUGGCUGAUGCGGUUCUUUCUAAACUACCAGUCGAACACGAUGAUAGAUCUCACUGGGAAAGAAUUUUGUCGAAUUUGAGUUAUGUUGUUGCCGAAUGCAACGAAGGUGCCCGUGCCGCGGCGAAAGAAAUCGAGAUGGAAAAUUUAGCCAGAAAACUCGAAUAUUCCGUAAAAAUUAAACCGAUCGUAUUAAAAGGGAAAUAUUUGAUCAAAAGUGGACCAGUCGUACAACUAUCGACAAAAGCAGAUUCCGAAUAUAAACUUACGUUUGGAAAAAAAUUUAAUAAAACGCCUCUCUAUUUAUUAUUGCUCACGGAUUUCCUUCUAGUCGCGAAAUAUAAAUCCAAUACUCACGACGAAACGUACACCGUUAUCGAUGCUUGUAAAAGAAGUCUAAUCGCUUUAGAAUCAGUUCCCGAAGACUCGCCGUUCAGUGGACGUAAUGCAAUGUUAUUGACUCUCUUAGAAAAUCAUUCCGGACAUCAAAUUGAAUAUAUUUUAACAUGUGAAAGCGACACAGAAAGACAAAGGUGGUUAGAAGCAGUUUCGCCAUCGAAACGAGGACUAACAGGAGAAACUCUUUACGAGGUGUGGGAUUGUCCUCAAGUAGUAGCUUUAUAUUACUAUUCUCCAAAUCAACCAGAUGAAUUAUCAUUACAUCCAGGAGAUGUUAUAAACGUAUUUAGAAAAAUGUCGGACGGAUGGUAUCACGGUGAAAAAUUGUUAAAUGGUGAACAGGGCUGGUUUCCUGGAAAUUAUACGAAAGAAAUUGCUUCGGAACAUGUUCGCGCAAAAAAUCUUAAACAGAGACAUCGUUUCCUUAUGUUAAAUGGAAAUAUAUUGCAACGGAAAACAAAGCAACAAUCAGCUAUUAAUUAA